AUGGUCAACCGCAACCUCACCUGCGCGUGCUGCGCGUCGACGCUCGGCCUGAACGAGGGCCACGACUACCUGCACGACGCCGGCGGCGUGAUCUGCAAGGACUGCAUCUUCCGCGAGAGCGACGAGGCCUGCGCCUGCUGCGGCGGGUCCCUCGCGGAGCUGCCGCUCUACGACGCCACGGCCCACCUCUGCCGCGCGGGCGACGCGUGCCCGCUCAGCGACCUCCUCGCCGACGGCAACUGCUGCGCGUCGUGCUUCCGCGAGCAGCUCGCGCGCGUGCCCGGCGCCGACGGCCUCGGCCGCCACGGCGCCGUCGUCGCCAAGUGCGGCCACGUCGUCUGCGCGGCGACGGCCGCGGGCAUCGGCGACGACGGCGAGGAGAACGACGUCCUCGUGCGGCCGCGCGACGUCGCGGCCGCGGGCGCGUACUUCGCCGCGCGGUGCCCGGACUGCCGGCGCGCCGACGUGCGCAGCGCCCAGCUCGACCUCCAGCUCAAGUUCGCCGCCCAGGACGAGCCCCUGAUGCGCAACCUCAUCCGGCAGGCGCGGAGCGAGACGGUCCGCGCGACCGCGCGCCAGUGGCUCCUCGGCCGCGAGAAGUACGGCGCGUCCCUGCCCGUCUGCCGGGACGAGGCCGCGGCGCUCUUCGACGACGCCGCGCUGGGCGAACGACUGGCCAUCGAGGAGGACGUCCGGCGGCAGAAGGCGGUCUUCGUCAAGGACCUCGACGACGCCGUCUACUCGAGCCUGAAGAACGACGCCGUGCGCAUGGGCGCCUACCUGCGCGCCAUCGCCCGCGCGGCGCCCGGGAAGCGCGUGCUCGACGUCGGCACGGGCCCGGAGGCGCUGCUCGCCGUCGCCGCGGCGAAGGCCGGCGCCGCGGCCGUCGUCGCGUGCGAGGUGAGCCCGGCGGCGGCGGACCGCGCGCGCGCGGCCGUCGACGCCGCGGGCGUGUCACACGUCGUCACGGUCGUCACGGGCCACUCGUCCGAGGUCGCGGCGACCGUCGUCUCGGUAUUGGGGGGCCCCGCCGACGUCGUCGUCAGCGAGAUCGUCGGGGAUUUGGCGUCCGAGGAGGGCAUGGCGGCGACGCUCGCGCAGCUCCCGGCGACUUUGGUCGCGAAGACCGGCGCCUGGUCCGUGCCCGCGCGGGCCGAGACCUGGGUCGCGCCGGCGAAUUUGCGGCUGCCGGCGUCGGGCGACGGCGGCUCGUCCGACGUGCGCCUGCCCAUGGUGCCGCCGCCCGCGACGCUCCUCGGCGACCGGCGGCUCCUGGAGUGCAUCGACGCCAACGACCUCCGGCUGGAGCAGACGCGCGAGCACGCCUGGACCGUGGCCGCGCCGUCGACGCUCACGGGCUUCUUCUGCGCUCCCAAAAUCGUCCUCGACGGCGAGGACGCCAUCGACUGCUGGACCGAGGCGACGUCAUGGCGGUCCGUGCUCUGCCUCCUCGACGAGCCGGUCCUCGUCGAGGCCGGCGACGUCAUAGGCCUCGCCGCAACCGCGGACCUCCGCCGCUUCCCCGUCGUCCACGCGCUCGCGGCGACCGUCAACGGCAAGCCCGCCGGGACCGUGGUGGCCAUGCUCGCCGCCGCCGAGGCGCUGCGCGUCGAGGUCGCGGCCUUCGAGACGGAGCGCCUCUCGGAGGCCAAGGCGGCCGCGUUCGCCGCGUUCUCGGUGGCCGACUCGGACGGCGACGGCGUCCUGGGCAAGGAGGACGUGGCGUCGUUCCUCAAGGUCGACGAGGCCCUGGCGGUCAAGGUCAUGGCGACCUUCGACGUCGACGAGGCCGGGGCCCUGACCAUCGACGCGCUGCUCCCGCGGACGAAUUCGGGCGACAAGGGCACGCUCGAGACGGUCAGCGGGGCUCUCUUCGCCGUCACCCUCAAGGGCGCGCUGCGCGACGUCCUCGCGGCCGAGCGCGAGGCGUCGCGGACCGCGAGCGACGAGGACGCGUCGCGCGAGGCGGCCAAGGCGGAGUUCGCCUCGGUGGCGUCGCGGACCGACGCGGCCGCUCGCGCCACGGCAGCCGCCGCCUUCCUCCUGCCCCUCUUCGACGUGGCGAACGAGUACGGCGGCCACCUCAUCGCCGGCGCCCUCCACGGCGGGAACCCCGCGGCGUCCGCGGCCGCCGGUGCCUUGGCCCAGUCUGCGGCGCUCUUCAACGCCGUCCCGUUCGGCUACUUCGGCGCCUUCUUCGUGCUCUCGGGCGCGGCCGCGGACCCGUCCAAGCCGGAGCUCGUCCGCGUCGCGUCCCGGGCCGCGGUCCUCGCCGACAUCGCCCUCCAGGGUCCCAAGCUCCUCUUCGCCGUCGCGCUCUUCGCGGCCAACGCCUACGGCGCCGCGCAAGGCGUCGACGCGAUGGCCCUCCAGCUCGACCCGAACGCGAACGCGGCGCUCUCGGCCCUCGCCGCCCUCGACCUCACGGCCUUCAACGACGGCGUCGCCGCCGUCGCCGGCGCGGCGACGCUCUACGCGCUCGUCUCGAACGCGCUCGGCGUCAAGGCCGACAAGAUCCCGCUCCUCUCACAGAGCGCCCAGGACUACGUCGACCGGCGGACGCCCGACUUCGACAUCGACAACGACGGCGACGGCCCCCAACCCUCCUUCUAG